ACAUCGAGUCAGUGACUCCAGCGUUGUCAAUAUAUAUGGAGCUUUUGCUUCUUGUGUUUCUUCUUCUGGCGGCUAUGUCAGCCGCCGUGGAGAGCAUCACGAGCACGGCGGUGAAAACGGGGUGCCAGGAGCGCUGCGGCGGCGUGGACAUCCCCUACCCUUUCGGCAUCGGGCCCGGAUGCUCCCGCCACGGCUUCGAGCUCUCGUGUGUCAGCAACGGCAGCGGCGCCGGCCCGAUCGCGGUGCUCGCCGGCACGUCGAUCCAGGUGACGCGCCUGUCCGUCGAGCCGGCCGAGUCGCAGGUGAUGCUCCCCGUGGGGUGGCAGUGCUACAACACCUCGCAGCCGACCAGGACAUACCCCGACUGGAGCCGCGCGAAGACGGAGAUGAACCGCGGCGGAGUGUACCGCAUCUCCAACACCCACAACAUGCUGGUCGUGCUCGGCUGCAACACCGUCGGCUACACUGAGAGCUUGAGGAGCGAGGGAGGCGCCUACUCCAGCACAUACUACAUCGGCUGCAUGUCCUACUGCAACAACUCGGCGAGCGCGCAGGACGGCCAGUGCGCCGGCGUCGGCUGCUGCCACGUCGACAUCCCACCGGGGCUCACCGACAGCUCCGUCAACUUCCGGGUGUACGACCACACCGGUAUGGUGGACUACAGCCCCUGUGACUACGCCUUCCUCACCGACCGGACCAACUACAGCUUCCGGCGAGCCGACCUCAUCAAGAUGGACAAGAACCGGAACGUUCCGGUGUGGCUUGACUGGGCGAUCCGCGAGAACGGCUCCAUGUCCUGCGCUGAGGCCAAGGGCAAGCCAGGGUACGCCUGUGUCAGCGUCCACAGCGAGUGCGUCGACUCUACUAAUGGUCCGGGUUACAACUGCAAGUGUACCGCAGGCUACGAGGGAAACGCCUAUGCUCCUGAUGGAUGUACUAAUAUCAAUGAGUGCGAUCGGCCAUCUGACUAUCCAUGCCAUGGCAUUUGCCAGGACACCGAUGGUUCAUAUGAUUGCAAAUGCCAUCGGGGUUACCAAAACAGUGGUGAUCCAAAAGAACAACCCUGCAGCCCAAAGUUCCCCCUCGCAGCACAAAUUGCUUUAGGCAUCACUCUUGGCAUUUCCUUUUUGAUCGUUGGUCUCCUAUUCAUUCUAAUGAUGCGCCAAAAGAGAAGAAUGAAUGAAUAUUUCAGAAAGAAUGGUGGUUCAGUACUACAGAAAGUAGAGAACAUCAAGAUUUUUACCAAGGAUGAGCUUAAGAAAAUAACAAAGAACAAUUCAGAAGUUCUUGGUCAAGGAGGCUUUGGCAAAGUCUAUAAAGGGAUUCUUGAAGAUAACACCUUGGUGGCAGUGAAAGCCUCAAUUGAGGUAAAUGACGCUCGAAAAGAGGAUUUUACCAAUGAAGUUAUCAUCCAAUCUCAAAUGAUUCACACAAAUAUCAUCAAGCUCUUAGGGUGUUGUUUGGAGGUGGAUGUUCCAAUGUUGGUUUAUGAGUUUGCUGCAAAUGGAAAUCUACAAGACAUUCUCCAUGGUGACAACAACCGUCGAGUCCCACUCCCACUUGACUUGCGCAUGGACAUUGCAGUUGAAGCUGCAGAAGGGCUAAGAUAUAUGCACUCAUCCGCAAACCGCACCAUACGACAUGGUGAUGUUAAACCAGCCAACAUACUUCUGAAUGACAAAUUCAAACCUAAGAUUUCAGACUUCGGGACAUCCAAGCUGCUUACCGUGGAUAAAGACUUCACUAUGUUUGUAGUGGGGAGCAUGGGUUACAUAGACCCUGUGUUUCAUAAAACCGGGCGUUUAACACAAAAGAGUGAUGUCUACAGUUUUGGAGUCGUUCUAUUAGAGCUCAUCACCAGGAAGCCAACAAUAUAUGAUGCUAAUUGCAGUCUCUUAAUUGACUUCCAAAAGGCCUAUGAGCAAGAAAAUAGUGGGAGGGCAAUGUUCGACAAAGAUUUUACAAUUGAAGAAGAAAUAUUCAUUUUGGAAGAAAUUGGUCGAUUAGCAAUGGAGUGCCUGAAAGAAAAGGUUGAAGAACGGCCUGAUAUGAAGGAAGUUGCGGAACAACUUGUGAUUCUAAGAAGAUCUAGGAAGAGCAGACAAGGAAACUACAACAUAAGUCCACAACAAUUUGAGGAGAUGAGUACUGAAGGAACUCCAUUGAGCUUGGAAACUGCUGUUAGUGUAAGUAGCUCAGUCCUUUCUGCUCCAUCCACUCCAGCCAACAAUGACUUCUCCAACGCUUAGAUCAACGGAAAAGGAAGAGCUAUGAGAUGGAGGAUAUAUCUGUGUGACUUACAUUAUAAAUCAGUGUCGUUUCGUUUAUUUUUUUUAAUAAAAACAAGUCAGUUUUAGCCCGCUCAUACUUAUGUUUUAUGUAAUUCGAAGUAGAGAAGCCAACUUGUGUGCAAUAAAAGAUUGUGUUAAGUACUGUCAUAGUACAAGAUUGUGCUAACUAUUGUUCACUUCAUAUUAUCUGUUUUUCUUAUAUUUGUAUUUCA